CUCUAAUUACUCUCUUGUCCGAUUUUUCCAUUAUCAGUUGUUCCGACACAUGGUUGGCUGAAAUCCACGUUUUAGACCCACAAGCAAACAUGGCUGCGUUCAGGGGCGGCGUGACCUCCUUGAAAAAUGCACUUUUUAACCCUUCUGGGUCUGUUUUUAGAUCCCAGGUUGCAGCCGUUGUACGUUGCAUGUCUACAGGACAGUAUCAAAAUUUGAUAGUAGAUAAGAAGGGACAAAACCAGAAUGUUGGUUUCAUACAGCUCAACCGCCCUAAAGCUCUUAAUGCACUUUGUGAUGAACUAAUGGUGGAACUGACGCAGGCUGUCACUGAUUUCGAAAAUGAUGGCAAUGUUGGAUGCAUUGUGAUAACUGGAAGUGAGAAAGCAUUUGCUGCUGGUGCUGACAUCAAAGAAAUGCAGAAGAGAGACUUUUCCCAAGCAUAUGAUGAAAACUUUACUGCUGCCUGGACCAAGGUGGCAGAGUGCAAAAAGCCCAUAAUUGCAGCAGUAAAUGGAUAUGCUCUCGGAGGAGGCAAUGAACUUGCCAUGAUGUGUGACAUUAUCUAUGCUGGUGAAAAAGCAAAAUUUGGUCAGCCAGAAAUUAAAUUAGGAACAAUACCAGGUGCUGGUGGCACACAAAGGCUCACUCAGUCAAUAGGCAAAUCUAAGGCAAUGGAGAUGGUACUGACUGGAAACCCUAUUAAUGCAGAGGAUGCUGAGAAAGCAGGUUUGGUCAGCAAGGUCUUCCCAGUGGAACAGUUGGUGGAUGAGGCAAUUAAAUUAGGAGAAACAAUUUCUGCCCAAAGCAAACUGGUAUCUGCCAUGUGCAAGGAGGCUGUCAGUGCAUCCUUUGAAAUGUCUUUGAGAGAAGGUCUUCACUUCGAGAAGAGGACUUUCCAUGCAACCUUUGCAACACAUGACAGAAUGGCAGGAAUGACAGCAUUUAUUGAAAAAAGGCCAGCGGACUUCAAAGACAAAUAGGAAAAUUGCCAUACAAUUUGUCAGUGAUGAACAAACAAAUCUACAUUGUAUUUAUAAACAGGAAAAUGCCAUUGGCAAUAGAUGUGAUGUCACUGAAAAAAGAAAAAAAGGGUAACAAAAAAAUUUUGUCCAGACAAGUUUGUGUUCGGGGGCUUCUUUUUUUUUUCAGACAUCAAAGUUUGAACACUCUCUGAUUGUGUUUUUGUUAACACUGACAGCAUGAAAGAUGGAUAAACUUUUAUCUAAUGAUCAUAGCAAUUUAAUUUUACCAGUGAACAGAGGAUGAUGAGUAUGAAUUUAUUUUGAAAUGCAAUUAUUUAUGUGAUCAAUUGAUUGAAACUUGAUAAUAGUGGAAAAUUAUUAAAUGUUGAGUAAUAAAUAUUUUGCAAAAUUUUUGA